AGCAGCUGCCCAGCCUGCAACUUUCCCCUGGACGGUGGGAGAGGGACUCGGGUGGCAGGCCCGCGUCGAGAGCAGAGCCACUGAGCGCUGUCAGGGCGGGGACCCCGAGACCCCGGGACCCCUCCUCACUGCCUUCCUAGGAGGUCAGUUGCCCUCCCUUGGGCAGACGUUGGCUGGCUUGGCUGUGACCUUCUUAUCAGGCCUGCCAUGUGCACCGCGGGCCUGAGUGACCUGGAAGAGAUCCCGCUGGACGACGAUGACUCCGGGAGCAUCGAGUUCCAGAUCUUGGCUUACUACGUCAAACACCACGUCUUCAAAAACCACGCUACUCUCUUCUCGCCCAAACGGUCAAGGACGCGCAGCUUGUCCCAGAAAGGGCUGGGGGGCUGGACAGCCAGCGACCCGUGGCCCCCACUGCCGUGGGCCAGUAGACAAUCCUCGCCCGGCGAACAGACCAUCAACCUCACCAAGAAAAAGUCUUCUUGGAGAACGCUCUUCGGCGUCACGGAGAAGGAAGAGUCCCCAACCCUUCGGGAGGGCAAUGAAAGCCCCCAAGUAGAGAAGUGCGCGGCUGGACCCCCUGGACGUCAGUGGACCCGGUCCCUCUCCAGCGUGGACCAGCGUGUGGAGCUCAAAGCUGUGGACCCCAAAGUGGUCUCCGUCGCCAACCGCGUGGCCGAGAUCGUUUACUCCUGGCCACCCCCGAAGAGCUCAUCCUCCAGCGACCUGCCCCGGGGGGCCAAAGGGAACUUCCUGCAGCAGGUGUUCUACGCACAGGGACCGACCACCUCAACCCGCAGCACCAGUGCCAAGAAAGAUGGAGAAGACCAGGCAAUUGCCAAAAUCGUCGAGCUGUUGAAAUAUUCAGGGGAUCAGCUGGAGAGAGAGCUGAGGAAGGAUAAGACUCUGAUGAGCAGCUUCCAGGACGGGCUGACCUACACCCUCUUCAGGACCAUCACAGACCAGUUCCUCAAGGGCGUGGACACCAGAGGCGAGUCCGAGGCCAAGGCCCAGAGCUUCCGGGCCGCGCUGGCCAUCGACGUCAUGACCAAGCUCACGGCUCUCGACACCCACCCCAUGAGCCGGGUGCUGGGCUUCGGAGCCAAGUACCUGAAGGAGCACUUCUCGCCCUGGGUGCAGCAGCACGGCGGCUGGGAAAAAGUCUUUGGCGUAACCCAGGAGGAAGUGGACUGACCCUGGAGCCUGGGGAAGGAAGGCUAUGGUCCAGCCCGGCUCCCAUGGGCGUGCGUCUCGGGCCAACUGCAAAGAGCAUGAAAGCGCGUAGGCAGGAGGAACGGAGUUCUCAAAACCCUUAAUCCUGGGACUCCAGAAGAUCCAGAGAAGGCCCGUGUCGUCUCGAGCUCGUCGAACACAGCGAGUGUGCGGCCUGCACGUGCCCGGGCCAGGCCCUCGGCUGAGCGGGCGUGUGGGGAAGGCCGCCCACGUGUCCAGACAGAUCAUCGUCCAGUCAGCCGCUGUUCCCCACGCCUGCUCACCUCAUGCAGGAGAAGUGAUAAACUGUGCAUCCAUUUACCCUUUGGUUCCUGGGGCUAUUUCUUUCUUUUUCCUUUUGUUUUUAGGCCACACCCAGGGUGGUUUACGACUUACUCCUGGUGGGGU